GGGAUUGUUUUGUUCUCCCAACUUGGAAAACAUUCAGAAGUUCAAUUCAUUCAUUCUACAGUAUCUUUCUGAAGUUCUUUAAUUAUGCAGUCACUGCUGCCGACAACGAGGUACUGACUACUACUUGACUACGGUACACUACUACUACUUCCACUAUCUCCACUCACCCCCAUCCCACACGAAUUCUCUUUUUCUUUUCGCCUCGCCUCGCUUAUCUCUCCUCUUCCUCUUGCCUCACCCCUGACGGCUAUCCUGCGAUCCGUGGCCGGCUGGUGCCAUCAUGCUUCAGAUCUUCCAGGAGCAUCGCAAUGCCAUAAGUCGCCCGCCUUUCCCCUCGUCCCUCGAUCGCCGCUACAAUGACCUCCGAUAAACAAUCCCACGGCCACCUCGCCAAACCAUUAACCCCCGCCCUCAGUGCAGCCUUCCACCGCACCCAAACCAAAUCUCCUUUGACCCCUCGAUUAGCCACGCCCGCCGGAUACCGCACCCCUAACCGGUCGACCCCCUCCGAGCAUCCCUCCUCGGCUCCUGGCCGGCGGGACCCGGAGCCCUCUCUCCUCAGUGCCAACGUCACCCCUCGAUCCGGUUCCCGCACCAGCAGACGAGAUGCUACGGCCUCGCCGAGCAAUACCCCCUCGAAUGGGACGCAUUCGCUGCAUGUGUCCUGGGCACAACCCAGCCUGGCUCAGGGGCGGUUCCGCACGGAGCGGAGUCCAGUCCGGGGAGGCAUGCUGGAGCCCCCCAAAGUUGCCCGACCCAAAUCAGUGGCAAUAGAGUCCAACCAUCUCGCACGACCUAAUAUCUCCUCCGAAAAUGCUUCCGCCUCUCCCAUGUUCUUCCACGCCAGUGAUGCCCGAUCGACAGUGUCGUCAUCCGAACCGGAUAGUCGGCCCAAGCUGGCGGCCAAGUCGGCCUCCGCGACCACAUUCGUCUACGCAAACGGACAAGAGGAGCGACCGGCCCCGAUGAGUGACAUCGGCGCAGGACCCGCCUCGUAUAAACGUCGAUCGCUGUCACGGUCGGUGGUCUCCUCCAAGCCCGCCUCGCCCUCGCCGCGACUGCGACCCGCCCGGGUGAACUCGAACCCGCGUUUCUCCGAUGGCGCGCCAUCUCAAGUCGGCUCGCAGCUGGAAGAGCCCCUGGAACCCAGUGUACAUCCUCAAAGCCCGCCGUUGAGCACCGUCUCCGCCCGACCCAUUCCCGCCGUGCGUCACCUCAAGUCGUCCAGCGUCGACUCGGCCAGCAAUGGCGGCCCGCCUACAAUGCCUCACCCCCACAAGGAGGGCCUCCGACCCAGCCCCCUGAUCAUCUCUCCCUCCGAGCCCAAGCUCGAUAUCAGCACGAUAGCCACCGAUCCGCUGCCAGGUCUUCGACCUCGGGUCUUCAGCAACGGGUCGAUAGCGUCGGUGGACACGCACGGCUCCGGGAUGCAGAGCCCGUCGAAGUCGGAAAGCGGCGGGCCAGCGUGCAACGGGGUGGCCCUGAACGCGCGCACGGAGCGCAAGAUCCUGGACCUGGAGAUCAGCAACUCGUCGCUGCUCGCCAUCAACCGAACCCUGGAGCGCGAGAUGCGCAAGCAGAACGCAGAAUUGCGGCGCUACCGCCGCCUGAGCCGAUCCGGCCGGCUAUCCAUGGCCCAGUCCUCCCGCUCGGUGUCCGCCACGCUCUCCGUCCACAGCGAGGUCGACGAAGCCCCCAGCGAGCGCUCGUCCGUCCGCUCGUCGCCGGAGGAGCUGUCGGACCUGAGCGACGGCGAGGACUCGAUGGUCGACUCGAGCGUGCUGAGCCCGGCCGACUCGCAGACGGACCCAGACGCGGGCCAUCGCACGCGCGACGAGAAGCGGUUCCUGCUCGACCUGGCGAAGCACCAGGAGCUGCUGGCCGACAGCCAGCGCAUGAACCAGAGCCUCAAACGCUGCCUGGGCUGGACCGAGGAGCUCAUCAAGGAGGGCCAGCGCGCGCUGGAGUACCGCGUCCACAUCAGCGACGUGCAGCUGGGCGGCCGCGUGCUCGCCCCCGAGGACCUGCACGACCCCCACGACCCGCACUACGUCGUGCCCGCGCCCGCCAGUCCCGGCUCGUCCGCCGCCUCGUCGGACGACACGGCCUCGGACCACGAGCUCUCGGACGACGAGGCAUUCGACCAGCCCUCUCCCGACGCGCCGCCUGUCUAGCAUCGUCUCCCUCAUCUAAUACCUAAUUCUCGCGAUCUCCGCGGCGAGCCCCGCACACCGACUGAAGCUGGCUUCUGGUCGCUCUCAUUUGUUGUUCCAGCGAUAGCGAUAGAUUUCUGCUCUGUUCUUCUGGUACUGUUACUGUUACUGUUACUAGAUACCCUACCUCGCGUUUAGACUUGCAUCCAUAGAAUUCACCUCCCACCACCCUCCCGCCCUCUCA